CGAGGGGGCUCCGCCCCCCGGGCCGCCGAGGACUCUGCGCCGCCUGCACUUUCUGUUUUAAGUAGCCUGCAUGCUCCCGUCGCGGAUCCCAUAGGCUUCGCGCUUCGCCUUGUCGCGUCCCACAGACCCCGCUCUGUACCACACCCCCACGAACUCCGCCCCUCUAUCGCCGACCCUUCUCCAUUCCGGGGGCCCCCUCCCCGCCUCCGACUGGGGCAGAGAAAGGCAGCUUCAGCUUCCACCUGGAGUGCAAGAGCCGUGGGAGCAGAUCACUCGGAGACCCCCCGUGGGGCAAGGAUCUGGUCGGGCUGGAAGGUGACCUCAGCAGAGAGCUUUACCUUGCUGCCCCCGUGCUAUCCUGCUCCAUGGCAUCCCCCACCAAGGUGCAGAUCCACCCGCAGAGAGCAGAAAUGGACAGCAGGCAGCUGUGUCCCCCGGGGAGGACCUGGCAGUCGCAGCACCCCGAGGAGUGCAGGCGGGCUCCUCACCCACAUAGCCCAGUAGCGGCCUGGGGCCAGCCUAGCACCCAGAGCAGCGCUCAGCAAGGACUUCAGACACAAGACUGGGUGUACGAGCCCCGGGUGCGCCAACGCGCUGGCCACCGCUGGAGUCUCAGCAUCGAGGAGCGCAGGCAGCUGGCGAUGCGGCGCAUAGAGCUGCAGGACAAGCACUGCGAGGACAUCACACAGGUAGUGGCCAAACUGGUGUCUGAGGAUGUGGACAAGGACGUGCUCCUCCCCCAACCACCGAAUUCUUCUGCUUCCAACAACGCCUUCUGUGACUUCCUGGCCCGGAGCGCACCCUUCUGGCAGAACACAGCUUUUCAGGCCCGAUCUAGGUUGCCCCGUUCUUAAGAGCCUGUUCAGCCCAGAGUGUCCUGUAGCAUCUUUCUUUGACCUUCUGCACUCGAUGUCCCACAAGGGAGUGUGGCCCACCCAUGGAGGGCAAACAGACCCCCUGGGACCUCGUCGAGGGGUGUUGGGAGAAGAGGAAAGGAAAGCCAGGUUGGGCAGCUCUGUACUGGCUGAAGAAUCACCUAAGCUAACUAGACCAUGGCUGUUCAUCCAUCCGUGGGAGUGUACUGGUGACAAGCGCUAAUGGACACCUGGUGUUGGUCCAUGCCGUCAACUGCCCUGCCCAUCAGGCACUGCUCUGGAGGCCCGGGAAUGUGGUGUAGUAGGUGGAGGGUCCAGAGAGGAGAGAGGCCCUCCAAAGGAGGCUUCCUGGAGUAGGAGGGGCUGAGCACCUCUGGGGCUAGAGGAGGACAAGGGCUGAGAAGGCCUUGGAUACAAAGGGUCUGAAGCAGCCAAGAGAUGCUGGCUGUAGAAGUGCUCUAGUGGCCUGGUCUUAGGCUCCCACUGAUUUUGUCCCCUGAUUGUGGAGCCUGCAGAGGGUUCGGAGCUGGAUGAAUGCAGGCUGCAUUUUGGGAGAUCAUGGUGGGGGGCACUGGGAGGAAGGGAAGGAGAGAGGUGACCCCAUCCCUUGGCAUGGGGAAAAGUACCCUGGCCACAGGGACUGAGUAGGUGGUCCCAUUUGGUUCUCUGUGUGGUGGUAGAGACUGGCAAGCUUUGGGCUGAGAGGAGGUGAUUGAUCAUAGCCCCCAGUAGGAGUCCAGCCUUUCAGCUACCUUGACCUUGCAUAUCCAGCAAGCUGGCAGUACUGUUCCUGAGCUGCUGCUGAGAUACAGACCUGACCAUGCUGGUACUUGCUGCUCCUGGACUCUGGGUCCCUAGGCCAACUCAAAUCCUCGGCUCUUGCCUCUUUCCCCUUUGUACUGUGGGACUGAAAUUCUCUCCUCCAGGAGAUCUGCCUGGAUUAUCUAGGUGGGCAUCCUUCCCUGGUUCAGUCUGGAGUUUCUGAGUGCAAUUUUGUCUACCACACAUUUGUCUACCACAAAUGCAGGGGUCCUCUGCAUUUGUAAGACCUCCACAGUUGGGGAGGACAGGCCAUGGAGCCACAGGGUCCUGGGAAACAUCCUGACUCCUCCUCCUCCCAAGUUCUCUGACAGGAUGGGGGCAUGCUGUGCUUGAGUUCAGGCAGGCCCUCGAUAGGCAGGAAGGUGCACGUAGUCCUGUCUCAGUGCAGGGUAAGUGCUACUGUCAGGGGUCACAUUGUAAUAGUGCAUGCUGUGCAGUUUUUGUUCUGAGUGACUUAGAAGGAGUCGUACCCCUUUUUUGUUUGUUUAUUUUUGUUUUUGUUGUUCUGUUUUUGUGUUUUGCUUUUUUGCAACAGGGUCUCACUAUGUAGUUCAGGUUGGCUUUGAACUCACUAAGUGGCCCAGGCUAACUGUGAAUUUAAUAUGAUCCUCUUGCUUGGCCUCCCAAGUGCUGGGAUUAUAGGAGUAUGCUGAUAUAUCCAGGUCCACUGUUAUUUUUGCUCCUGACGAGGGACUGAUUGGCCUCUUCUAUAGUUCUGGCCUGGCCAGAGUCUGCUUAGGCUGCAACCAGAAGGUAGGAUACUGGGACCACUAGCCCUGUCCUUUCCAGAGGGUUCCCUGUAUACAGUUACCUUCAUAGCCACACUGGGGUCUUAAGGCUGAGGCCCAGAGCCAGCCAUGUCUAUGUGCUUCUUCCUGGUUGUUAGUGUGGCUACAGGAAUUGUGGUUCAGCAUGGAGUGAGAGGGUACAAAUGCCUUUCAGUGGGGACCAACACAGAACACAUGACCCUCUCCAGUAGCACAUGGUGCUGGGACAGGUGACAGUGCCUGGAGACAGUUUGGUUGCCACAAUCCAGUUGCUUCUGUAACAAACUGCAAUGUUUGUUUGUUUUGGUACCAGGGAUCGAACUCAUGACCUUACGCUUGCCAGGCAGGUGCUUACACCGCUGAGCUAAAUCCACAGCCCAAUGUUUAGUAUUUUAAACCAACAGAGAUUCAUUACCUAGGUUCAGUAGAAUUCCCUGACUGGUCUGGCAUGAAGACGUGGGCAGGGCUCUAGGGAGGAACGGCCCUUGCUUUCUCCAUCUUACCUGCUUGGUACCUGUACUUCCUGCCCUGAUUCUCUCCUGCCUUCUUCUCCCAUGGUUAAGGAUCCUAUGACAACACUGUUCACCCAGAUAGCCUGGAUAAACUGCUUUAAGAUCAAGUAGUUACUGAAUGUAAGUCCCCUCUGUACUGUCACUUAGUGUGUCACAGGCUCUUUAGGGUGAGAGCAGUGGGGAAAGUACUCCCACAGGAAGCUGUUAGCAUCUAGUAGGUAGAAACUGGAGAUGCUGCCCAUACCACUAUGCAUGGGAUGGCUCCCUACAACCACAAGUGGUCAGCUCUCCUGUCCAUGGCCCAGCGUAAAAACCUUGCAGUAGAGGAAGCUUUUGGAAGGCCAGUAGCCCAUGUAGGGGGACCUGUUUGGGGUAGCUAGAGGUCCACAGCAUAGUCUUGGGAGGGUUGUGCCAAGGUCUUGGAGUACUGGAGUCAGAGGGAGGCUGGAAGGGCUGUCUUGUGUGAGGGAAGGAACCUGGGGAUUGGUCUGGGUCCUGCCAAAGUUCCCAGCAUAAAUGUGACUAGGACAAACCCUCAGCCACUACAAGUAGACCCUUCCCCAAGACCUUGAUUCUAGGCUCCCUUCAUUUCUGCUUGGCCACCAGGUCAGUCCUGGCCCCUUCUCAGGAUCACAGGGCCCUGUCGCCAGGAAGGUGCCCCCUCUGUGGAAGCACCAGCCACUCCCUGCUCCUGGUCCAGGCUAAGCAGAGCUCAGGACCUGACAGUGCACUGACACAGCCCAUCCCUACCCCCCUACCUCCUGCCCAAGCCUGGUGAGGGAAACUUUAUUUAAGCCCCAAGGCCACAGUACUUGGGCAGGUGGUGCCCUUCCUGAGGAGAGCUUUACUUGACCUUGGUGCAGGUGGUUGGUGUGGCCAUACUGCAAUUGACAGCAUGGGGAUGUGGGCAAGCAUAGCACUUGCGGCAGAUCAUCUUGUCACAGUUGUUCUUCUGGGUGAACUACUUUUGGGACAGCUUAAUAAUCCCUCCUCAUAAGGCUGGGGAUUUAGCUCAGCAGCAUAAGCAUCUGCCUUGCAAGUAGGCGGUUGUGAGUUCGAUCCCCGGUACCGAUUAAAAAAAAAAAAAAUCCCACCUCACAGGUGAAGCCCUAACUGCAUGGUGGACUCUUUUUGGGUGCUGUAGACAGAGUCUGGCUGUCCUCUGUCUCUUUGCUAGCAAAAUCAGAUGCUGCCAGUCAGGUGGAUGCUCUCCUUGUCUUGGAUAUUGGCUUUGACUUUCUUGAUGGUGUCACUGAGCUCAACUUUGAGGGCGAUGGUCUUCCCUAUUAGGGUCUUCAUGAAGAUCUGCAUCUCUGCGUCUGCCACUCGACUACCUCAAUAAAGAGAAAGAGCUGGCCACAAGGCUCUGUGAGGCCCAA